CCCGCUCGGCCCGCCCCCCGCCGCCGGCCUGACCUGACCGGGAAGCAGUUCCAGCGGGCCGCCGCCGCCGUGACGCAUCGGCCGCCGCGUCCCCCGCUCGGGCCAUCUUGGUGGCGGCCGGCGCGGCAGACGGAGCCGCGGAGCCAGCGCGGAGAGCCAGGGCCCGGGACGAUCCAGCCUCCCGCGCAGCCGCCUGGGCCUGGCGAGGGCCGCGAUAGAGGAGCGCAUCCCGGAGUCCGGGGGCCCAGCGGCCUGCACCGCCUGCUGCCCCGGCCGCGCUGCCCUCUCUCUGGUCCCCUCGGAGCCCGCUCUCUCCCUGAUCCCUGCUCGGGCCUCCCCGGUUCCAGCAUCGCAGGUGCUCCGCUCGGGGCUUCCCAUACCCGCCCCUCGCGCCCCGUCCGUCUCAGUCUUUGGCUGACCUCUGGCCAACAUGGUCCAACCCCAGACCUCCAAAGCCGAAUCCCCGGCCCCUGCGGCCUCGGCCAGUGCCCAGGUAGAUGACGUCAUCGACACCCUGACCUCCCUGCGCCUCACCAACUCUGCCCUCCGGCGGGAGGCCUCCACCCUGCGGGCCGAAAAGGCCAAUCUCACCAACAUGCUGGAGAGCGUGAUGGCCGAGCUGACCCUGUUACGCACCCGGGCUCGGAUUCCGGGGGCGCUGCAGAUCACGCCGCCCAUCUCGGCCAUCACCUCCAACGGGAGCCGACCCAUGACCACACCUCCGACCUCUCUGCCCGAACCGUUUUCCGGAGACCCCGGCCAGCUGGCGGGGUUCCUGAUGCAGAUGGACAGGUUUAUGAUCUUCCAGGCCUCCCGCUUCCCGGGUGAGGCCGAGCGAGUGGCGUUCCUGGUGUCCCGGCUGACGGGGGAGGCAGAGAAGUGGGCCAUCCCCCACAUGCAGCCUGACAGCCCCUUGCGCAACAACUAUCAGGGCUUCCUGGCCGAGUUGCGUCGAACCUACAAGUCCCCUCUCCGGCACGCACGGCGCGCCCAAAUCAGGAAGACUUCUGCCUCGAAUCGGGCUGUGCGUGAACGGCAGAUGCUGUGCCGCCAGCUGGCCGCCACGGGCACCGGGCCCUGCCCCGUGCACCCCGCCUCCAGCGGGACGAGUCCAGCUCCCACCCUGCCCACCCGAGCGCGGAACCUUUAAGAAUCGGCCGCCACCCUGGUCGCAUAUGCAGCCACCCAGGUAGCAUACACCCUCUGCUGCGUAGAAGAAACGUGCGUGCGACAGCAUCGCUGCUGUUUGAAGACGUCCCUUCCAGCCUCUCCACACCUGUUCCCUAAGGAGAUCUUCCUUCCUGGCUCUUGGGCGCCCUGUUACCUUGCUUCCUAGUGUACUACCAGCUUCGUACCUGCACCGCGGCGCAGGUCUCCCCUCUCUUGCCUGCAGCCCCAGCUCCUCUGGUGACCACAGCUCUGCUAUUUGGUCACAGCGACUCCACGGCACCCUGCGGACCACUGGGGCUGACCUCUCCCGGCGUGACCAGGGUCGUGGCAGCUCCUACUCCACCCUCUGCUGGCCCCCACAGCAGCUCCCUGCCUGCUUGCCGUGACCUCACUGAUGACAGACAGAAGCAGCUUUGGCCAGGCUGGUGGCUUGGUGUGGGUACCUGGAGCAGGGUCUGGCUUCCUGCCCAUAAGUGAUCACCUGCCCUGCCAGGGCCCAGCGUUGCAGGCAGGGGCCUCGUCCCUGCUGUCAGUAGCCAGGUGACCCCUGCUGGGGGUGUGGUUCCAGCAUUUCUGGGGGCAGGUUCACUCUGCACAUAAACACGCAGUCAUUAUGGCCGUUGCUGCCCCUGGGAAAGACCGAUAUCGCAGCUAACAGGAGGAGCCCCUGGAACGUGCACCUCCAUUAGCACCUGGCUGUAGCUGCCAGUGUUCCGAUGGCACCAGGAAUUUGGGGGACUCUGGAACUCACCUGCUAGAGAGGGUCGUUGUGACUGUGGACACUGGGCAGUUGCAUCAAGGCCCGACAGGCAGCACGUCCCUGCACGUCCACGCCUCAGGCCACUGCAGGCUGGGGGCGACGCUCGUGGCCCGCUUUGCUGCCCUGGACCUCCAGUGGGCCUCACCCCAGCUGCCAGUGUGCAGUCUCCCCCUCUUUGUCCCUUGGUGGUGGGCCUCGUCUAGCUUGAGCCUCAUUCCCUUCUCCAUUCAGGUGACGUGUGGCCUUCGCCUCUGCCCUUUCAGCCACCCACACCGUCUCUGCGUCUCUGGAGCUCCAUGGAGCCUGCCUCCCCACAUCUGGGCUGGCCCUCAGGUUCCAGGCUUGGUCCGAGAAGCCCUGGGCUCUGACGGCUGGAGAGCCAGCUCCUCUGGGCCGCAGCAUUAGCGCUUGAGGCAGGUGGUGUCUGCCUCUGGCAACCCCACCCAGGGCCUUGGCACAUUUGUAAAGGAGAAGGGCUGCGGACUGCCUUGGUCCUAAUGUGGUGCCACUGCAGAGCUGGCACUCGUGUCCUAAUUCUGAGGGACAGAGCUGUACCUCCUGGGGGUGUGUGGCCUCAUGCCUCCUCGCGGGGCCCACCCAGAGGUCACUUUCUUGGUGAGACUGGGCCAGGCCCUUUGGAGCAGUGACGCCCCGCCAUCUUUUAGUGCCAAAGGGAGCGCAGUUACGGGGCCGCCUGGACCGCGGGGCAUGGGCGCUCUUGCCCUGCUUCACCUGCCCACUCUGGGUGGUCCUGGCUUGACUGGAGAACCACGGCCUCCGCGCCCACCCAAAGACCUGUGUCUUGGGAUACCCGGAGCUUGGGUCCUGGGGCCCAUCCUCUUCCUCAGAGUUUUGACGAUGCUGGGAAGUGACUGCGUUCCUGAAGCAACUGCUGCCUCGCAAGGUCAAGGGCAUUCAGUGGUUGCUGGGGGUCGUGGACCACUGCCACCUGCUCAUUGUACUCUGUUAGCCCAAUUGCCCUGCUCAACAACUGCCUGAAUACAGGCUUCAGGCCCCCUGGAUUCCAGCUGAGGCUGUUCAGGUGGGACCAUGGUGCUCAUUAAGCAUGAAUGUGGAGGACACACGGUGGGGCCACCAUUCUGGGGGUGGGACCUCUGAUGGGGGGUGUGCAGAUUGCUUUCUCUGUGCUCAGUCGUCUUCUGUCUGCCUGCAGAUGAAGGGGUACAGUGGCACCUGGGGAGAAGGAGGCCGGUGGGGGGGUCACAGACACCUUGAAGGUUUCCGUGGGGUGCAGCCCAGCCAGGGCAGAGACCCUGCAUGGGACGGCAGGAUCUGCCACCCGCCAGCCCUGGGUCGGCCCGGGUGGUUUUGGGACCUGCCGUGUUUGUGGUGUUAGGCGCUCCUUUCAGCUGUGCGGCUCGUCCCAGGGCCAGAGCCGCCGGGGCCGGCCAUGCCCACCCCUUUGCGCCUGGGAUGUGCCCAGUCGAGGCUGCCACUCGCUUCAUUUGUCUCGGUGAUGUGGCUGCGUUCCACCUGUUGGUGCUGGCGUUCGUGGCCUUAGGACUGGUGCUGUUGCACAUCUGCGACCUUGACAGCUCCCUGCAACGUUGGAAACGAGCAUGUGAGAGAGGCUCGGGGUAGCCCUGCACUGCCCUCGGGGGAAGCUCCACACUGGGCGCCCUCUGUGGCUCUGCUGGAAGACACCUGGUCCCCUGCCACAGAGGAUGGGAUCAAGCUCCUGCAGCCCGGAGCCGGACCAUGUGACCGGGAGGGUCGCACGCAGACGGAGGUGGGGGGUAUAACUUUCAUUGUUGUACAUUUUGGGCUAUAACUUCUCUACGUCCAAGGGGACAGGCGUUGCUUUGUAAAAGGGACAGGCAGUGUUGAUGGUGCAUGGGAGGGGAGCUUAUGUUUUCGUGGUGUGGACACUAUGGCCUCCAUUGUGACUGCUCUCUGGUCUGUGUGGCGCUCCCUCUGGUAAGUAAGCUUCCUUGUUGACGGUGUCGUUGGAGGUGAGAAUAGAGUAAGUGCUGCUUCUUGGCCUAACAGAGGGGCCUUGGCGUUAACUUAAUGUCCUGAAGCAUUUCGGUGACGUCUAGGGAAAGGCAAAGACCCGUUUCGUGGGCCCCAGGUGAAUAUGUGACGAGUGAGUAACGAUGAGACGAGCAGAAACACCCCGUCAAGGGCAGGUGAGGCUUUCCUGAUGCACCAGCCUCUGCUGUCGGGGCCACAGGACCCCGCUGGAGCCGCACUCCAGGUGGUCAGGCCUCUAGGAGGACAGACACGUGGGGAGGGUGGGCGUGGACUUAGCUUCCCUUAAGGGAGCCAGCAGCAGCUGGGACGCUACCAGGUGGGGCUCUGUGUGGGAAGGGGGAGAUCCUGGCGGAGGUCCCUGCCGUCUCCCUCCAGCGCUGUAUGACCAAGGUCGCCUCCUGCACAGGAAGCGGUAGGUCCAGGGCUCAGAGGUGAAGACCCAGGUGGGGCUCCGCAAGAAGGCGGAGAGCAGGCUGUUGGGGACACAGCAGAAACUUGCAGCGUAGGGAGAAGACGGGUUUAGGGCAGGUCGGUCAUGCACUGUGAGUGAGCGAGCUGCGGUCUCCCGUGUCGCCCCUCAGGGUCCCAGCACGGGGCAUGGUGGCGGUUGACACAGCACGCACGCAAUAGAGAAGAUGGGAGGGACCCCAGUCCUCACCGCGAUGUCACUAUCUCCUUUCUGUAAACAAGUCACAACCCACCAGGUCGUUUCAUCAUCAAAGCAAAGCUACACAUUAUAGAAAUUUUGGAAAAUAAAGAAGAAAGAGAAAAAAGUAAAAACUUAAUAUUUCUGUGUCUCAUUCCAGGCUGCCCCGCCCCAUCAGGGCUUCUAUUUUUAGUCCAGCGUAGUUGUAGUCCUGUACCGAGAGCACGGGCACUCCCCGUUGCGGCUGGCUGUUCUUCGGAUGGCUGUGUGCCCCUGCGGCAGUCGUGCCAGUGGUGGGCACCAGUGCUGUUGCUCAUUUCUCACUGUCACAAAUCGAUGGAUAUCUUCGUGCACAAAUCUUUUUCCCAAUGUCGAGUUUUAUUUCCUUAGGGUGGAUUCCCAGAGGUGGGGUUAUUGAAUUAAAGAAUAUGAAAACCUUUGAGGCUCUUAUUACCUAUUGACGAAAUGGUUUCCAGAAACCUUUGUAUCCACUUACACUGCCACCAGCAAAGACAGAUGUGCCCGUUUAACCAUCUUGCCAGCACUGAGUGUUAUCAUCUCGCUAAGUAUUUGCUGAUCUGAUAAUGAAAAAAUAGCAAGUUUCAGUUUGCAUUUCUUUGGUUUCCAGCAGAGAUGAACAUCUUCAUGUGAAGCAGUGUGUUUCCUCUUUUGUGGGUGUCGGUGUCCUUUGCUCUUAUCUACUGGGGUCUGAUAAAUUUGUAUGAGCUCGUUGUAUAUUAAAGAUAUUAACCUGUCGUGUGUCAUA